AUGGUGUUCACCUGCCCGGUUACGGCGGCGGGUUUCAUGAUCGCCGGCCGCGAUUACCAAACGUCCCUGGACGACGACGACGACGCCGCGCACGGACAGAAGUCGGAAAUUCCCACGGGCGUCGCUCUCUCGUCGUGUCUAGCGUCCGAGUAUGGGAGCCAGCUGCUUUUUGGCAAAAGCCGACCUCAAUGGCCAAUACCCAUUUCUACACCUACUUCCUCCAACGACGCAACGACUCCUUAUUUCCAACUUACGGCUCUCACCAUAGACAUGGCCUGUCCGAUGGGAGACGACGCUGCAGCGACAUUCAUCGAAACCCUCAACGAGCUACGGCUGAAAUGCGCUAGGUUCGUCCGCGAAGAGCAGAAGCUCAACGUGAACACCGAGACCCCCGAUUUGUUCGGACUUAGACUCAUACGGUACCGUCCAGGUGAUCCUGGGCAACAAAGGCUUGCAAAGCCUUAA